GAUAAUGACCCUGAAACUGCCGCUACAUAAAAACAUGCUUGAUAUUCAGAACAUGAUUUACGUCCUGCGGCUUUCCUUCUUGGUCGGUGAUCACAAAUUACAACUGCGUAGGUAGGGAGGUAUGGCUAAGGGCGCUUCACCAGUCAUCGUGAUUGUAUUGGUUACGGUUGCAUCUGUUUACAUCUCCAUACAUUUCCAGCUGCAAGGACACAAGAAAUUGAGCAACGUUCAUGGAAACGGUAUUAUGUUUAAUGCAACCGUCUCGAAGACAAGACAUGGAGCAUAUAGAAGGAUAAUGGAUGCCAUUGCAUCAUUACCCAUUCAGAGUCAAUCUAGGUACUUCAUUCAUGUGGAGGCCGAUAUAUAUGUGGAGAUUGUGGAAGUGUGGGCAAAUAAGACGAACAUAGCUUUGAUUGGAGAUGGUGCAAAUGUAACCAAAAUCACAAUAAACAGGAGAGUCCCAGAGUUCCAAACAAACGAAACUGCCACUCUUUCUGUUAAAGGUGAUCGUUUCAUGGCUAAGUACAUAACUUUCGAAAACUCAGCAGGAGAAGGCACUCAAGCUGUUGCCCUAAUGUCCCUGUCUGACGGAUCAUCAUUUUACAGAUGUACAUUUUUAGGGUUCCAUGACACGCUCUGUGCACACUUUGGCAGGCAAUUCUAUAAGGAGUGUGACAUCUAUGGCACUGUUGAUUUUGUGUUUGGCAAUGCUGCGGCAGUUUUUCAAACCUGCAACUUAUAUGCACGGUUGCCUAACCGUGUUAUUACUUUCACUGCACAGGGAAAAAAGUCACGCUAUGAGAGGAGUGGAUUUGUCAUUCAAAAUUCCACUUUGACAGCAGCCCCAGAUUUGCAGUCCAACAAAUCUCAGGUUCACGCUUUUCUUGGGAGACCAUGGUUUGCAUGGUCGACCGUGAUUGUGAUGCAAUCAUUCUUGGAUAGCAUCAUAGAUCCAGCUGGGUGGUAUGAGUGGCCAGGCCAUCGCACAGAUGAGCUAACCUACAGGGAAUAUGGUAAUUGGGGUCCUGGUGCAGGCACAGGGAGACGAAUUUCAUGGGCGGGAUAUAAAGCAUUAAAUCAGUCCAAGGAAGUUAUUCCUUUCACGGUUUCUAAGUUUAUUCAGGGGGAUUCUUGGAUUCCAGAGUCUGGAAUCCCUUACACCAGCGGUUUAUAUUAGUAUGAGCCUAUGAGGCCAUAUCUUCAAAAUCCCUUAUACCAGCAGUUUAUUUUAGUACGAGGCCAUUAUAUGGUGUUUCUGUGAUAUGUUCACUACUUUACUACAAAUUGAGUGUGACAUUGCUAGACUGUGAAUGAAGAAAAGGUAUUUGCGAUAUGU